AUGGCUCCGAUGCGUGUACCGACGGACUUUUCGGAGUUUGUGGACUUUUAUAACUUUUCAACGCAGCAUCCGGAGCGGCACUUUCGCCAUAAGAAUCAUUCGCGCGACCAUUCCAGGAACCACGUUGUGGACGCUUUGUCGAACUCCAUAAUGGAGGUGAUUAAUACGAGGUUUGUUCCUGAGAAUGCCAUGUUGCCAGACAUGGAGCCCCUAUCGACUCAUAUGGAUAGUCCAUUCAGUCACGAUAAAAUGAAUAUAACUAUGAACAGGUCGGAUUUUGGUGUGGUUGACGACGAGUUUAUCUAUAGACAUAAUAGUGCAAUGACAGCGGUCUACUGUGUGGCUUAUUUGUUGGUUUUUCUUGUGGGACUUGUGGGCAAUUUCUUCGUAAUUGCCGUGGUGUACCGCUCGCCCCGUAUGAGAACUGUGACCAAUUUCUUCAUCGUGAACUUAGCUGUGGCUGACAUAUUGGUGAUCGUGUUCUGCCUCCCGGCGACGCUCAUGUCUAACAUCUUUGUCCGUGAGUUGUAG